UUUACAACAAAAGUUGAAGUUGGUGGAUAUAAUCAUCAUCAUAUAUAUAUAUAUAGGUGGGUAGAAGUGCAAAUUUUCUAGCAAACACUAUAUUUAUUUAUUUUUGUGUGUGUUAGUAUAAUAAUAGGGAUGGGAAGACAACCUUGUUGUGACAAACUUGGAGUGAAAAAAGGUCCAUGGACAGCUGAGGAAGACAAAAAACUCAUAAAUUUUAUUCUUACAAAUGGACAAUGUUGUUGGCGUGCUGUGCCUAAACUUGCUGGUCUUAGGCGUUGCGGUAAGAGUUGUCGUUUAAGAUGGACUAAUUAUCUUCGACCAGACUUAAAAAGAGGACUUCUUAGUGAAGCUGAGGAGAAAUUGGUCAUUGAUCUCCAUGCUCGUCUUGGGAACAGGUGGUCUAAGAUUGCUGCAAGAUUACCCGGAAGGACUGAUAAUGAGAUAAAAAAUCACUGGAACACGCAUAUUAAGAAAAAGCUUCUCAAAAUGGGGAUUGAUCCUGUCACACAUGAACCACUCAAAAAAGAAGAAAAUCCAAUUGAUCAAAUUAUCUCAGAAUCUGAUCAAAAUAAAAAGAAUGAUCAUCAGCUGGUAGUGGUUGUACCGGAGAGUACAAGUGUUACUGCAGCAGCCACUUCUUCGGAAUUAGAAAAUUCAUCUACCUCAUCUUCUUCUGCUUCUUCGUCUGAAAACUCUUGUAAUGAAUCAAAGCUUGUUCUUGACACGUUUAACGAAAAUGAUCCACUCCUCAACAGCCUACUGGAAUCUAAUGAUGCUCCUCCUCUUAUUGAUUCAUCUUGGGAACUUUCAGUAAAAAAUUUCGAUAACAUCAUCAACAAAAACAACAAUAACGUAACAUCAUCGUGGGACGACGAAAAUUUCAAUUGGCUAUUGGAUUGUCAAGACUUUGGGAUCCAUGACUUUGGUUUUGAUAAUUGCUUCAAUGAUGUUGAAUUGGAGGUCUUAAACACUAAAUAUGACAUGGAGAACAAAAAAUGAUUUAUCAAAAUUAGUCAUGAAUGGGAGACAUUAUAACCAAAGAAUAUUAAAUUUAGUUUUUUUUUCCACAAUUACAUGCAUGUUUACAAAGGUAUCAUGUGUUAUAUUUUGUUUGUAUUGUACACAUUUUAUUAGUACUUGUACUUAGAAAAUUCUCGAAGAAUCCAA